CAGGAAGAAGUUAAUGAACCAAGGUAGCUGAAGAUUAGGAAUAGCUGCAAACUCAAGUAGUACCUUUUGCAGGAAAAGUAAGGUACCGACUACUUGGCCGGUACACCGUAUCCAAAGAGCUCCCUAAGACCUCUCCUGUCAUGCCGAUCCAGGUCCCUGGAUAAAUACCGCCCUGCCUGCCCCUCCUUAAAUACCUCGAAGCUCAGGACCUUAACCUUCGACAUCUCUUCGACGAACAACAAGUCUUCUUUUCUCACUUGGAUCAGCUAGCAACACUCUGGAACUAGACCAUUUUCCCAUUCACUCCGAAGCCCCAGAAUAUCAAUAUGGGCGUUAACGUCAUUACCCUCCAGCCCGGCACUGGCCCCACCCCCGUGGCAGGCCAGAUCGUUACUAUUGAAUACACUGGCUACCUCAAGGACCCCAGCAAGCCCGACCAGAAGGGUCCCCAGUUUGAUUCCUCUGUCGGUCGUGGCGACUUUAUUGUCCCGAUUGGUGUUGGAAAGGUCAUCAAGGGCUGGGACGAGGGUGUUACGCAGAUGAAGGUUGGCGAGAAGGCAACUCUUGAUAUCUCCAGCGACUAUGGCUAUGGCGCUCGCGGCUUCGCUGGUCAUAUCCCUCCCAAUGCCGACCUCCUUUUCGAUGUUCACCUGAAGGAUGUCAAGGCUAGUUAUUCGACGACCGGUAAUCAGAACUUUCAGUUCACAAUCGCCAAACUGGGGAAGCGCAAACUAUCUAACGGGGAGUCUUCUACCCAUAAAAAAGCAAUGCCUGGACAAAAGCUUCCCGAGGUCGACCUCGUCACCCGGAUGCAGGUCGACGACUCGGUCGCAGGCACGACCGAAAUCGACGAGUCCCUCUACAGCCGACAACUCUACGUCCUGGGCCAUGAGGCCAUGAAACGCAUGGGCACCUCCAACGUCCUAGUCAUCGGUCUAAAGGGUUUGGGUGUCGAGAUUGCCAAGAAUGUCGCCCUUGCCGGUGUCAAAAGCCUUACACUCUACGAUCCCGGCCUCGUUGCCCUUCCCGAUUUGUCGUCCCAGUUCUUUCUACGUCCCGAAGAUGUAGGAAAGCCCAGAGAUGAGGUCACGGCUCCUCGCGUUGCCGAACUCAACGCCUAUGUUCCCGUCCGCGUGCACCAAUCGUCUAGUCUAGAGGAAAAUCUCUCCCAGUUUGAUAAAUACCAGGUUGUCGUUUUGACUAGUCUCCCCCUCAAGGUACAGAAAAUCAUCGCCGACUACUGCCAUUCUAAGGGAAUCUACGUUGUCGCUGCGGACACCUUUGGCCUCUUUGGUUCGGUCUUCUGCGAUUUCGGCCAACAGUUUUCCGUCAUCGACGCCACCGGCGAGCCCGCACUAAGCGGCAUCAUUGCUGGCAUUACCGAAGAAGGCCUCGUGUCUGCGCUAGACGAGACCCGUCACGGGCUUGAGGAUGGAGACUAUGUGACCUUCUCCGAGGUCGAGGGCAUGGAAGGUCUGAACGGCUGCGCCCCGCGUAAGAUCACGGUCAAGGGCCCUUACACUUUCUCCAUCGGCGACGUGUCUGGCCUUGGCCAGUACAAGCAGGGCGGUCUCUACCUUCAGGUCAAGAUGCCCAAGGCUGCCAGCUUCAAGAGCAUGACAGACGCGCUGGCCGAUCCCGAGUUUGUCAUGUCAGACUACGCCAAGUUUGAUCGCCCUCAACAGCUGCACCUCGGCUUCCAGGCCCUCCAUGCUUUCGUCGAAAGCCAGGGUCGGUUCCCAGAGCCAAUGAACGACGAGGAUGCGACGGUGAUCCUCCGUUCCGCCCAGAGUUUCGCCAAGGACCAGGGAAUCGAGGUGGAAUUCGACGAGAAGGUGAUCAAGGAACUCAGCUACCAGGCGCGGGGCGACCUGAACGCCAUGGCGGCCUUGUUUGGCGGCAUCGCAGCGCAGGAGGUCCUCAAGGCCGUUUCGGGCAAGUUCCAGCCGAUCAAACAAUGGAUGUACUUCGACUCGCUCGAGUCCCUCCCAUCAUCUUCGGCCCGCUCGGCCGAGCUCUGCAAGCCGCUCGGGUCGCGAUAUGACGGGCAGAUCGUCGUCUUCGGACGCGAGUACCAGGAGAAGAUCUCCAACAUCAAGCAGUUCCUCGUGGGCGCGGGCGCCAUUGGAUGCGAGAUGCUGAAGAACUGGGCCAUGAUUGGUCUUGGCACGGGUCCCAAGGGCAAGCUCGUCGUCACGGACAUGGACUCGAUCGAGAAGAGCAACCUCAACCGGCAGUUCUUGUUCCGGGCCAAGGACGUCGGCAAGAUGAAGAGCGACUGCGCGACGGCGGCGGUUCAGGCGAUGAACCCGGACCUGGUUGGGCACAUCGAGUCACGUAGGGAUCGUGUCAGCCAAGAGACGGAGGAGAUUUUCAACGAGGAGUUCUGGGAGGGCCUGGACGGGGUGACGAAUGCACUGGACAACGUGGAGGCCAGGACGUAUGUGGACCUCCGUUGCGUGUUCUUCCAGAAGCCGCUUCUGGAGAGCGGCACGCUGGGCACGAAGGGGAACACGCAGGUGAUUCUGCCGCACCUGACCGAGUCGUACUCGUCGUCGCAAGAUCCUCCCGAGAAGGGCUUCCCCCUGUGCACGAUCCGGAGCUUCCCCAACAAGAUCGACCACACGAUCGCGUGGGCCAAGGAGUACAUGUUCGAGAAUCUGUUCAUCGAGUCGCCGUCGACGGUCAACCUGUACCUCACGCAGCCCAGGUUUGUCGAGUCGACGCUCAAGCAAGGCGGAAACGCCAAGAACAUCCUGGAGACGCUGAGGGACAGCCUGACGACGGACCGGCCCCGGACGUUCGGGGACUGCAUCGCCUGGGCUCGGCUUUUGUUUGAGCGGGAGUUCAACAACAAGAUCCAGCAGCUCCUGUACAACUUCCCCAAGGGCGCGAAGACGUCGUCGGGCACGCCCUUCUGGUCCGGACCGAAGCGUGCGCCGGAUCCGCUCAAGUUCGACGCUUCGAACCCAACGCACUUUGCCUUUGUGGUGGCGGCGGCGAACUUGCACGCGUUCAACUACAACAUCAAGUCGCCCGGGACGGACAAGGAGAUUUACCUGCGGGAGCUGGAGAACGUCAUCGUGCCGGACUUUGCGCCGUCGGAGGGCGUCAGGAUUCAGGCCAACGACACGGAUCCGGAUCCGAACGCCGAGGGAGGAUCGGACGAGGAGGAGCUGCAGAAGAUCAUCAACAGCCUCCCGUCGCCCAAUGAGCUAGCCGGGUUCCAGUUGACGCCGGUCGAGUUUGAGAAGGACGACGACACGAACCAUCACAUCGACUUUAUCACGGCGUGCAGCAACCUGCGGGCGGCCAACUACAAGAUCGAGGCGGCGGAUCGGCACCAGACCAAGUUCAUCGCGGGCAAGAUCAUCCCGGCGAUCGCGACGACGACGGCGCUGGUGACGGGACUGGUGAUGCUGGAGCUGUACAAGGUGGUGGACGGCAAGACGGACCUGGAGCAGUACAAAAACGGGUUUAUCAACCUGGCGCUGCCGUUCUUCGGGUUCAGCGAACCGAUUGCCAGCCCCAAGGUGGAGUACAAGGGGCCGGAGGGCAAGGUCAAGCUGGACAAGAUUUGGGACCGGUUCGAGGUGGAGGACAUGACGCUCCGGGAGCUCCUGGAUCACUUCGAGAAGAAGGGCCUGACCAUCUCGAUGCUCAGUUCGGGGGCGAGCCUGCUCUACGCCAGCUUCUUCCCGCCGGCGAAACUCAAGGAGCGGUAUCUGCUCAAGCUGAGCAAGCUGGUGGAGACGGUGUCGAAGAAGCCGAUCCCUGCUCACCAGAAAGAGGUCAUCUUUGAGAUGGUGGCGGAGGACAUGGACGAGCAGGACGUGGAAGUUCCUUACAUCAAGUCGACCACCAACAACAAUACUACCAAAAAGGACGGCAUCCUCAACUGGGUCAAGCCCGGUGACACGUCGGGCGAGUUCAAGCGUCAACAGAGUUCAUUCCGGGACUGGAUCUCCCGCGAGUCGGGUGCCCGGUUCCCGCCGGAGAAGGGUCGGUAUCAUCUGUACGUGAGCUAUGCUUGUCCCUGGGCCUGCCGAACCCUCAUCACGAGGAAACUCAAAGGCCUCGACGACGUGAUCAGCUACUCCGUCGUCCACUGGCACCUCGGCGAGAAAGGCUGGCGCUUCACCACCCCGGACGACCUCGCCGAGGACGUCCCCGGCGACAACGUCAUCCCGGACCCCGUCGAGGGCCACGAGUCCUUCACCCACCUGCGCCAUAUCUACUUCGAGUCCAACCCGGGCUACGAGGGUCGCUUUACCGUCCCGGUGCUGUACGACAAGCAGACCAAGACGAUUGUCAGCAACGAGAGCAGUGAGAUUCUGCGGAUGCUGGGAACUGAGUUCGACGACUUGACCGAGCCUCGAUUCCGGGAAUGGCACCCUUACCCGGACAACCUGCGCAGCCCAAUCGACGAGACGAACGGGUGGGUGUACGACCUCAUCAACAACGGCGUCUACAAGUCCGGCUUCGCUACCACCCAGGCAGCGUACGACCGCAACGUCGUGGCCUUGUUCGACGCCCUCGACCGCGCCGAGGCCCAUUUCGCCUCCAAGAAGCCAGAGGACGGGCCGUACUGGUUUGGUGAUGUGAUGACCGAGGUGGAUAUCCGGCUUUUCGUGACUCUUAUCCGCUUCGACCCCGUCUACGUCCAGCACUUCAAGUGCAACAUCCGCGACAUCCGCUCCGGCUACCCGCGCCUGCACGCCUGGAUGCGCAACCUCUACUGGAACCACCCGGCCUUCAAGGAGACCACCCAGUUCGAGCACAUCAAGUGGCACUACACCCGCAGCCACGCCCAGAUCAACCCCUUCGCCAUCACCCCGCGUGGCCCCGUCCCUGAUGUGCUGCCCUUGGAUCAGGAGGUUCGCGCUGUCGAAGCCGCUGUUUCCAAGGCGUGAGUGGGAGGGAAGCAUAGCUCGUUCGAGUACACAGAGGGGCCAAACUCAUGUCAUGUAAUGGUACAAUCACGAAAUAAACCUUCCACAUUCACAGCGGUGGUCGGCUUUUUAGAUGAGGGUAUCACAACACCUACUCCGUCCAACACGAAGAACUGCAUACAGGGGAGAGAGAGGCCUGUCCAAUAUCAACAUUGCUCAACAUACCUACCCGCUACACAAUCCAGCCUACAGUGGAAUGCUCUCACGCGGGAAACUCGGGUAAAUCAAGUACGUUGAUAAAAAAGUAGCCUCACAUAAAACACCCCUAUCCCCCCUU